CAUCGGUUGGUUGACGCCGCUAUAACCUAAUAGAUUCCACAAAAUUGAAUUUUCACCAAUUUGUCUUUACCAAAGCCAUUAUACUAGAGCAAUAACGUCGAAAAUUCUCUUAUACAAUAAAUUCGUGCUUGAAACCAUGGGGUUUUGAAGCAACUCGUUGAUUUGUGUUUGUUUUGUUGUGAAAUGUGGGCCGCUUUUGUGUUGUGAAACUUUGUGGUUCAAUCCAACGGAUGUAACUUUUAAAAUGUUGCUGGUGGCUGUGUUGUUAAUAAGUGCGACAGCAGUUUACGGUCAGACGGGGAAAUGCGACCAGACACCGGUGGAGGCCAAGGUCCUCACUCCUAGCGAUAAUGAAAACUCUCCCUUCACUAUGAAUAUCAAAACCAAAAUAGAGACUGACAACACGAACUACGGAAUGUUUUUGCCGGACCAAACUUAUGUUUUGAUAUUAGAAACCAAAGACAACACACGUCCGUUCAGAGAGUUUAUGAUAACCGUAGAGGACCCGGAGGUGGACAAUGACAUUAACUUUGAGCACAGUAAAGUGGACGUGGGGACGCUGAAGACUUUGGAUGAAGACUUCAAGUCAAGAUAUAGCGAGCGAUGCUACAGUUCAGUGGAGAACAAGGAUAAUUCUGACAAACGGCGUAUUGAGAUGCACUGGGUGUCUCCAAAGCAAAGCGAGGAUGGACAAAAGAUAAGGUUCCGAGCCAUGGUCGCUGAAAACAAGGAGGUGUGGUAUACUGGGGACGCACUGACCUUCACACUGGAGAAGAACAACGCAAUCCCUGAGGGAACCCCGCCUGCCAAACCCGUAGAGAUCUGUAAGCUAUGCAGCGAAGCACGUUACGAGGUCAUAUUCAACGGAAAAUGGUCCAGGGGUACCCACAACCUUCACUUCCCUUCGAAACCUGACGAUAUCAAAUACAGCCACAUGAUUGGAGCAUCACACGACUUCACUUACACCCUGUGGGAGCAAGGAGUCAAAGCCAGUGACGGUCUCAGACAACUGGCCGAGGAAGCCAACAUCAGCAAGCUUGAGAGGGAUGUCAUUUUGAACAUGUCCGAAACUGGUGGCACAAGGACAUUAAUAAGAGGCAAGAUGCAUCAACACCCUCACAUGUCGGAACCUUCCUACGCUCUUUUCCGGGUAGACAGGAUUCACCACCUGUUCUCCAUAGCCGUAGCAUUAAAGCCCUCACCAGAUUGGUUUCUUGGCACGUCCAGAUUUGAACUGUGCACUGAAGAAGGCUGGUUGGAGAGCCAUCAAUUACCAAUGUAUCCAUAUGAUGCAGGGACCAGGGAUGGUAUAUCUUAUGAUUCUAUAACAACAAUGACGCAACCAGCAGACAAUGUAGAGAGAGUGGCGGUGGGGUCCUUCGACAAAGCUUCUCCGUUCUACCAGAUGAACCUCAAUGAUUUGAAACCUUUCGCCAUCCUAGAAGUGAGGAGGCUCGAUGUUUACCCAUUAGUGGGCGUGGAUUGUGAGGAUAAUGGAGAAGAACCGAAGCGUAAACGUAUUAAAGGAAGUGGUCGUAAAUACAACAGAGGGAAAGGGACGGCUGAUGAAGAAGAAGAGAAACAUGAGGAUGUCGAGGAAGAAAACGAUGAACCCUUAUUAGCUGAGUCGAAAACUAGAGAUGGAUGUACCGGUGAAUGGAGUCGGUGGUCUACCUGCAUAGCUGACGACAGGAUAUGCGGCGCCGGGACUCAAACCCGGACCCGCUACAUACCAAUAGACACUAGCGAUCAACCUGGAUACGAGUCAGAGGUUCUACAAGUGAAGCCGCUAGAAAAUUGCCAGAAAGAUCAACAAAUUCAACAAUGUUUUGUGAAUUGCUAUUAAUAAAGUACCUAGUACUCCAAUAUACUAAGUUAAGUCUGUUUAAUUAAAUGUAUAGAAAUAGA